UAGGGUGAUGAGCAGCUUGCCCCGCCCCCCAAUCGCCCCUACGCCGCUGCUGGUCGCCGCCGGGGUCAUUGCUGCCCCCUGAUCGCCAUCCUUUCCCUCUGGCACCCAUCUUGGCUGGGCUGGCACUGCCUGCUCGCCAGCCCUGCCCCCCACCAAUCAGUCCUUCCACCAUUCGGUCGAUUUGCAUAUUAGGCUUUUAUUGUAUAGGAUGUGUUGUUUCACAUUUGUUGAGAAGGCUUCACUUUUGAAGAAUGUGCUCAGAGGGAGCCACCCACCCCUCCCCUGUGACCUCACUGCCGCCUUCCUCCCCUCAUGGGCCUGCAGGCUUUUCCCGGCCAACACACAUGCAGUUCCUUCAGCCCAAAGGCCUGCCUGGCCCCGUCCUCCCCUCCGCAUCUCAUCCUCUCCAUAGCAGUGGGCUUCUUUCCCCGCCUGCCCUGACCGCUGCGGCCGCUGCCUUCCCAACCUGUGCCUCCGAAGUAGAAUGUUCUCUUUCCCACCCACCUCCCAGACCUGGGGCCCCUACUCAUGCCCCAGGACGGACCCCUAACAUCACCUCAGGUGGGACGCCUGCCCUGCCCGCAGGCCCACAGAGCUCCUGCCCCCACUGGCUUUCUUGUGUGAAUGGUAUUUGCUUCCUCAUGUGCCUCCCCCACUAGAGAGGGGCAGGGACAGCCAUCUGGCUCCUCGCUCUGCAGGGGCUGAAAGGCUGGGCCUGGCCCUGGCUCCCCUUCCAGUCCUCACGCUGGCCUCUCCCCUCCCCAGGCUGAACUGAUGAGCAGCCUCAUCGAGUACUGCAUCGAGCUGAGCCAGGCCUCAGAGCCCGCUGCCCCCCAGGAGGGCGCCUCCGGCCCCUCCUCCGCCCCCGGCUCCUUGCCACCUCCCACUCAGCGCCCCCAGCUACGCAGACAGGGCAGCGUGGUGUGCAGCCGGAUCCAGCACCUCUCCACCAUCGACUAUGUGGAGGAGGAGGCCUCUGGGGUCCUGGCGGUCAGAGCCCUGCUCUGCCCCUUCUCAGUGCUGCGUCCACAGACGUGUUCACACAGGACUGUCCAGGCGUGAAGACUAGAAACUCCCAGUGUCUGCAGCGGACAGGACCCUGGAAGGGCUGGUGAAGUCCGCAUUGCCUCUCACAAUGAGGUCGUCGUCUCUGCACCCACACUGGCGCGCGGGCACCGGGAGUUUCUAGUCUUUCACGUCUGGGAGGUGGUGAGUGUUACUGUCCAGGGAGAGAUGCGUGUGGGUUGCUGUUUGAAUUCUAGUGAAGUUCGACCAUUUUUAUGUGCUGGAUCAUUUCUGUUUUCUUUAUGAAUUACUGUUCACUUAUGUUGCCUGUUUUCCUUUUUUUGCUUAAUUUUUAAAAAUUAACAUCUUCCAUUAACAUGGCAUAUAUAUUGUAAUUAAUGAACCAAUAUUGAUAUUGUAGUUUGUUUGUUUUUAUUGAUUUCAGAGAGACAGGGAGAGGGGGAGAGAGAUAGAAACAUCAAUGAUGAAAGAGAAUCAUUGAUUGGCUGCCUCCUGCACACCCCACACUGGGGAUCAAGCCUGCGACCCAGGCAUGUGCCCUUGACUGGAAUCGAACCCGGACCUUUCAGUCCAGUCCGCAGGCCGAUGCUCUAUCCACUGAGCCAAACAAGCUAGGGCUGAUUGUAUUAUUAACUGAAGUCCUUAGUGUAGCCUCGUGUCUUUUUUAGUUCAUGAACCAUCUGGACCCCACACUGCGUUCAGUUGUCACGUGUAUUAGGCUGCUCUUGGCUGUGACCGUUUCUGACUCCUUUUGAUGACCUUGGCAGCUGUGGGGGGCUGGUCAGGGACAUUGUAGGAUCCCCUUCACUGGAGUUUGAUGUUUUUCUCAGGAUUAGGCUGGGCUUACAGCUUAGGGUGAGGAAGAUCACAGAGGUGGAAUGCCAUUUCUACCGCAUCCUAUCACAGGUUCCGUAGCAACAUGACUUGUGGCUGUUGGUGUUGACCUUGGCCACCUGCUUGAAAUUGUGAACUUGUAAGAGUUCUUUUGCCUCGUGGAGGCUCACCUUCAGCCGUCCUGCAGGUUGCAGGUGCUUGGUUUCUUCGGUCUGUUCUUGAAUAGGUUUUAGCAAAAGCUCCUCAGAUACCACGGCUGGCCCCGCAUCCAACUCAAACACUGAUUUGCCUCUGAUUGGGGGCUGGUGACACGUCCACACACCCAUCCCGUCAGGUGGAAGAGUGGGGGUGGGGGAGUGAGGCCAGAAAGUUGGCAGAUGUGAAGAGGGGAGCUCAGCCCAAACCAGGCUUCCUGGGGGCUGCGCCCUCCCGGGAAGCCCUCUCCUCAGUGCGGUCCUCACUCCCCGACAGGCGAGCAGAUCAAGCCGGUGAAACCGAAGCGCACCACGUCCUUCUUCAGCCGGCAGCUCUCCCUGGGCCAGGGGAGCUACACCGUGGUGCAGCCCAGCGAGCGCCCGGAGCAGAGCUGAGGCCGCAGUGCCAGUGCCGGCAGGAGGCGGGCGCAGGAGGGCAGGGCCAGGGGUGGCCCUCGAGUUGGGAAGAAGGCUACCUCGACGCGUGGAGCAGGGACUUCUGUGCUUGGGGUGGUGCCUGGGCUGUGCCCAGCUGGCUCAGGGAUCCCACACGGUCCCUCUCCAGCCUGCCCUUCUGCACUGUGGGCCCCGCUGCCAUCUCAGGACCAUCUGAUCAGCCAGUCUCCCCCUUUCACCCAGGGACUCGCCUGUGUGCCCCUCUCAAGAUGGACAGCGUCCCCUGCUCUGAAGCCCCCACUGGCGGCUCCCAUGACAGAAGGUCAAGGAAUAGGGCUUGGGACCUGCAGGUCCAGAGUGUGUCUUUGGUCUAUUCCCUGGACUUUGGUGACCACAUCCCCGCAUUUCGUUGGCCGGCAUUCCACGCCUGCUGCCAGGCGGCCGUCCCUGUCGGGGUGGCUGGGGCCUCCAGAGCUGAACCAUGGCAGGUGGCAGGAACGGAAGGAGAGGCCCGCACUCAUCCCUCCCUGGCUGGAUGGAACGAGGGAGCCGGGCAGGGCCCCGCUCAGCAGGGGCACCCUGUGCCCUUCACUCAGGCCUCUCUCGUGGGCAGGAGACACUGACCAGCAGGAAAGUGCCUCUUUGCUAGCUCUGGUGAUGUCACUGCUGCAGGGGCUGUCCGGGACCAGCAGGCCCACAGACCCCCACCCCCACCCCCACUCGGAGAAGCUCCCAAUUCCCCGGGGCUUCAGGUUUGUUUUGGUUUUUACUCGUCUGCUUUGGUUCCUUGAAGCCUGUAAACUCUGGGGCAACUCAAGAGAACCCCACACCCUCAGGGCCCGGCCCCCCCUCAGAGGUGACCAUCGGGCCUGGCCCUGGGGGCCGGCCAUGCGGGAAGUUCCACCCCAGCAGCCGGUCGCUUUCUUGGGAACAAAUGGCCAAGGUGAAUGUGGCGCUGGGCAUGGCCAGCCCAGGAGCUCCUCCCCGGCCCUGGGCUCCUCUGCGGGGGGCCUGGCUCAGCUUCCUGGGACUUUGCGCAGGGAAGAGGCACCGGCUCAGCCAGCACAGGGCUCGCGUUGUCUCCCCUUCCUGGCGGGAUGUGGGCGAGGAAAUGCCAACCGCCUGUCUCCAGAUGCCAGAGCCACCUCCUCCCUUGAUGACGUUCGACACUCCAGGUGUGUGAGGUGGGCUUGCCUCGGGCAGCAGGGACUUCCUUAUUUGUCAUAAUGAAUAGGUGCCCCAGCCUGGAGUCACUCACCUCCCCGGCUGCCCGCCGUCUGGCUCCCAGCCCUCUGGUCCUCUAGUCCCACACACUGUUCUGAUGCCAAGUGAAUUCUUAUCUGAUGGGCCCAGGGGGCAUGUGGGUGUGACGGGUGUGUGUGUACACAAAUUACUUGUUUUUAUUCCUGUCUUUCUCCUGUUUUCUAAGCAUCCAUUGUGUCUUAACCUUUUCUGCCUGUCCUUUGGACAAAGCCUUUUACUAAAUGUCCUUUGAAUAUUCUGAUUGUUUUGUACCAUGUGACUUAUUAAUAAUAAAAUCUGUUUCCAGCAGCUUUGGUGUUUA